AUGAGGCUUGUGGUGCAUGUCAUCGAGGCCCGCAACCUCCCGGCGGCGGAGGCGCAGGGGCUGGGCGACCCGUACGCCAAGCUGCAGCUGGGGAGGCAGCGGGCCAAGACCAAGGUGAUCAGGAAGUCGGCCAACCCCGUGUGGGACGAGGAGUUCGCCUUCCGGGUCGGGGACCUCAAGGAGGAGCUCCUCAUACGCAUCACCGACGAGGACAAGUACUUCUCCGACGAUUUCCUCGGCCAGGUCAAGGUGCCCCUCUCCGCCGUGCUCGACGCCGACAACCGCUCCCUCGGGACGCGCUGGUACCCGCUGCAGCCCAAGAGCAAGAAGUCCAAGAUCAGAGAUUGCGGAGAAAUUCAUCUUACCAUAUCUCUAUCUCAAAGUUACCCUGAAGAGACAGCGACACUUGCACAUUGGGCUUCAGACGACUUUGCAUCAAGUUCAGACAAAUCAAGUGAAUUAAGGAAGGGAUCUUCUUUGCCAAAUAUUCCUAUAGAACUAUCCACGUCGCCACCAGUUACUGAUGAAGCAGAAAUUACUAAGCAGGAUAAAUCAAAUGCUGGUCCAUCAUUUGUCAACCGGCUAAAUCAAUUUUUUUCAGUAAAACCAAAAGACACAGAAGCUUCUGUUCCACCUGUGUUCAAGCAUGACCGUGGUUUGGACACUCUUGAAGAAAUGCCAUUAACAAGCUCACAACUUUCUGAUGAGCAGGAUUUUGAAACUAGUGCAAAUAUGUCAUUUGAUGAACUACUAAAAGCCUUUGCAUCUAAGCAUGAAGGGAAUGAUAUGCCUGGAAAUUUGUCAGGUGGAAUUCUUAUUGAUCAGGUUUAUGCCGUUGCACCCAAUGACUUGAAUACACUUCUUUUCUCACCAAGUUCAGACUUUCUGCAAUCACUAGCGAAGAUGCAAGGGACUACCGGUCUGGAUAUUCAACAAUGGAGACUUGAAAAUGAUGGUGAGAUCUUGAAGAGGGUUAUAACCUACACAAAAGCUGCUACUAAACUAGUUAAGGCCGUGAAAGCAACAGAAGACGUGACAUAUCUCAAGGCAGAUGGAGAUAUGUAUGCAGUUUUAGCAGAUGUCAGUACUCCUGAAGUCCCUUUUGGCAAUAAUUUUAGGGUGGAGAUUUUAACCUGUAUAAUGCCAGGGCCUGAACUAAGAGAUGAUGAAAGAUCUUCACGGCUUGUAAUCUCGUGGCGCUUAAAUUUCAUGCAAAGUACCAUGAUGAAGGGCAUGAUAGAAAAUGGUGCAAAACAAGGACUGAAGGACAACUUCAGUCAGUUCUCUGAACUUCUGGCUCAAAAUGUCAGACCAGUUGAUGCAAAAGAUACAACAACAAAUAAUGAAAGCUUGUCUUCAGUGCAACCGGAAACAGAAUCCGAUUGGAAACUAGCAUUCCGAAUCUUUGGAAAUUUUACUGUUGUAUCCUCCGUUGUUGCGUUUAUCUAUGUUUUUGCACACAUCAUCCUUGCAAGUCCUAGUAUAAUUCAAGGUCUCGAGUUCCCUGGCCUGGACUUGCCAGAUUCUGUUGGUGAAGUUGUGGUUUGUGGAGUUCUUGUUCUGCAAGGACAACGUGUCCUUAAUAUGAUUGCACGGUUUGUCCAGGCAAGGAGGCAAAGAGGCGGUGAUCAUGGUGUCAAAGCAAAAGGCGAUGGCUGGUUGCUGACUGUUGCUUUGAUAGAUGGGACCAACUUAUCAGCAACAAAGUCAUCUGGUUACUCUGAUCCAUAUGUUGUAUUUACUUGCAAUGGACAGACAAAGACAAGCUCGAUUAAGUUUCACACUCUUGAGCCUCAGUGGAAUGAAAUUUUUGAAUUUGAUGCCAUGGAAGACCCACCCUCAGUGAUGGAAAUAAACGUAUAUGAUUUUGAUGGACCCUUUGAUGAAGUUGCCUCCCUUGGUCACGUUGAAGUAAAUUUCUUGAAAUAUAGUAUAUCUGAGCUUGCCGACAUUUGGAUUCCUCUCAAGGGAAAGCUGGCUCAAGCAUGUCAAUCAAAAUUACAUUUGAGAAUUUUCUUGAACAAUUCAAGGGGUACAGAAGUUGUGAAGGAUUACCUGGACAGGAUGGAGAAAGAGGUUGGCAGAAAGAUUGCUAUGCGAUCACCUCACACGAACCUAGAGUUCCAGAAGAUCUUUUCUUUGCCACCAGAAGAAUUCCUUAUCAAUGAUUUUACCUGCCAUUUAAAGCGCAAGAUGCUCACACAGGGUCGCUUGUUUUUAUCCCCAAGAAUUAUUGGGUUCUACACAAAUCUUUUUGGCCACAAAACAAAAUUCUUCUUUCUUUGGGAAGAUAUUGAAGAGAUUCAAUUGCUCCCUGCAACUCUAUCUUCGAUGGGAAGCCCAUCUCUGCUGAUUACUCUUCGCAAGGGCAGAGGAAUGGAUGCAAGGCAUGGAGCAAAGCAACUGGACGAUGAAGGGAGACUCAAGUUUCAUCUCCAAUCCUUUGUGUCAUUCAACGCGGCACAUAAAACAAUAAUGGCACUGUGGAAGGCGAGGUCUUUGACCCCUGAAGAAAAAAUUCAGCUGGUAGAAGAGGAAUCAGAAACGAAAGACCUCCAAAAUGAGGAAGGUGGAUCUUUCUUAGGCAUAGAGGAUGUCAAAAUGUCGGAAGUAUUCUCAUCUACAAUACCUUUUGAUGUUCCAGUACUCAUGGGCAUAUUUGAGGGUGGCCCUGUGGAGCGUCGAAUUAUGGAGAAAGUUGGCUGUAUGGACUACUCUGUGACAGCAUGGGAACCAGUCAGGGCCGAUGUGCACCAGAGACAAGUCCACUGCAGGCUUGACAAGAAAGUGGCACGCCGUGAGGGGGAAGUAAUGAGCACCCAACAGAAGUCCCCGUUGCCUGAUAAGAAUGGAUGGCUCGUUGAAGAAGUGAUGACACUUGAAGGUAUCCCACUCGGCGAAUUUUUCAAUCUCCAUAUUCGAUACCAGUUGGAGCAGACUUCGUCCAAGCAGAAGUCAUCCAGUGUCCAAGUAUUUAUUGGUAUGGCAUGGUUAAAGAGCUGCAAGAAUCGAAAGAAGAUCACGCAGGAGGUGGCAUCCAAGUUGUCUUCUCGCCUCAAGAAGAUAUUCAGCCAACUUGAGAAGGAACUUAUACCAGCUAACUAG